AUGCCUAGGCUUUUUGAGGGCCCACUAUUUCUCUUUCGGCCGCAGGUUGGGAGUGAUCACAGCCAUGAUGACGUCUAUCUGUCUUUUUCCCUCUGGCUCCGCCCUCAUCGGACAAGUUUUGUGAAUAUGGUCUUUGUCCAAGGGUGGAGGGCAGUCAUCCUCGUUAGUUUGAAGUUGUGA